AUGGAGGACAUUCUGGACUCGUCCAAGAAAAUUGCUGCGGACGGAGACGCAGACGAUGACACGUACAACUUCCAGAAGGCGAGCUGCACGUUGGACGCGAGUAUCAAGAUUUACUCGUACCGAGUGGACGACACGUGGAACUCGUCGUAUAAGAUCCUGGAGAACCUGUCGCGCACGGAGCAGAAGCACGGCGUCGACGACGCGGCCAGUGAUGAGGAGCGAGGUGCGAACAAGGGGCGCAAGACGAGGAAGACCCACGCGCGCACGAUCGAGAAGAACCUCAACAAUAUCAACCUCAAGAGCUACGACACGGAGUGCGAGGCCGACCCGCUGUUCCACAAGAUGUCGCAGUCGUUUGACGAGGGUGGUGCCAAGGGUAUGCUGCUGGCCAACUUGAGCGUGUACGACGGAUGCAAGAUCCUGUUGAACUCGUCGGAUGUGAGUUUGGUGACGCGCAAGCCGAUCCAUGCAGAUGCUUCUGACGCCGCUGAGGAAAAUGCUGACAAACCUCCUGCAGCCAAGGAGCGUAUCAGUCUGUCCCUGUUUGGCAGUCUGUCAUGCAUUGAACAGGAUGUACAAAGCCUGAGCGUAUGCCCUCCGCUGUAUCGAAUGUACGACCAAUUGGAUGAAUUCUACGGAGACGAGUCCCGCCACAAGCUUGGUAUCAAGAACGAUUUCUUGCUCACUACGCCAGUUAAGGGUCGACGACAGACGCUGGACAAGCAGGAUGCAAUCACAAUGAAUUUGGCCGGUAUCAUGGAGUGCGCCAGUGAAGAUGAAUCGGACGGGGAGAACGCAGCAGAGGACAACGCACUGGACUUCGGUGAUGACAACGCCGACUACGAUGCCGAUGAAGAUGGUGGCGACACCGUUGCUGAAGCAGACGAAACUGCAGAGGUUGAGGUCGAUCCUGCCGAUGACGUAGACAUGGAGAAAGAGAAAGAGAUUAUUGAUCUGGCUGGAAGUGACGACGAAGAGGGCGUGCAAGAAGAUCUUGCUCAAGAGGGAGCUGAAUCCGGAAGUAAAGGUCUCGACAAAGAGUCUUCUCUGACAUCAAGUGCCGCGGACUUCUUCCGUGCGAAGGUAAACGAGAACUUACCGGAGAAUUACGAGAACAACCUGUUCUCGCAGAUGAUCGAGUCCGCUCUUGUUCGGUCCGCGACGCUGGAAGAUGAGCAAGGUGGCGAGGACAAAGAAGGCAAGAAUGACUACUCCUACUUCGACGUUAAAAUGCUGCGCAACUGGGCAGGUCCUGGCCACUGGAAGUUCCCGGGUGUCCGCAAGAUUCAAGCGAAGCAGAAAGAGGAAGCGGAUAAGGAUGGACUCGAGGUCGACGAAGAUGGCGUUAUAAUCAAGGCCGAACCAAGCGAGCGUCCUCCUGAGCGCGCUCGGAAGGGAAGCACAGCUGGAGCGGAAAAGAAGGCCGCCAUUCUCGUUGACUUUUUCGGCGAUGAACCUGACUUGUCGAGACUAAAGGCUCCAAAGUCUGCCUCCACUCUGGAGGUCUCGAAGGGUAACCUGAAGAAGCAGUCAGAAAAUGCUUCUGAUCUGGUAUUGCCUGUGGAUACGCACAUUGAGAUUGGCUUGUUCUUCCGGCACUUUCUAAAGGAAAGACCUCGAUUCUUUAGAAAGCGCGGCGGUGGUGUCUCGGAUGGCGCCCAACGGGAAGGUGCUCCAGUGAAUGACUUCGAGUUUGGGGACAAUAGUGCUGAUAUCGCCGACGAUAACGAUCGAGACCAGCCCUUCACGUACAAUGAAGACAGUGCCGGCUUUGAAGGAAGCUAUGAUGACGAAGAUGAUGGCACUAGCGUGGCAGACGACCCUGGCACUGAACCCUUGUACUCCGUCGAAGGCCUGGUGCAGGCUGAUCGUGUGGUCGAGAAGAUAGGUGUGCACUACGAGCGCUUCGCCAAGCGCGUUGACGUGAAGAAGCUGAAGGGCAGCAUUUGGGACCACUUGGAGAAGAAGAGUGGCAAACGCCCGCGCGAGCCUGAAAAGGAUGGUGAAGAUGAGGAGGAGGCGCUGAAUACGACCUUCGAGAACGUGGUUGAGAACGUUGCGGGCAAGGUUCCCUCUAAUGUGACAGUGUCGUUCUACUUCAUUUGUGUGCUGCAUCUCGCCAACGAGAAGGGUCUGAAGCUGGUCGGCCAGGAUGACCUGCGCAACUUCCAGAUCUGUAAAGAGAACUGA